CCUAUCCUGCAAACGAGCAGCACGAAUCGCUUGUGUGCAAGACCGGUUGGCGCCUGCUUCACUCCGCUAUGACUGCUGCUGCUCCCCUUCUGCCUGGGAGGAUCAGCGCGCGUUUCUAUAGCAGCUGUUGAGCAGAAACGGCACGAAACGCAGAUCAACCUGCGACAAAUCCGUUCAAAGAAAGAGACCGCGAAUACACCCGCCGAGCAUCGGUAGGAAGAGACGAAGCAAAAAGAGGCGAGUUAGUCAACACGAAUCAGGAGGUGUUGAAAUCCCCCGCUGGUAGUCUCACAAAGAUUUCUACAUCUUUAGUACCUGGGGAUGAACCCACCCAUGAGGAGUCUGACAAUAUAUUCCUUAUAUAGCACUGCUAGUCCCAGCAUGCUGAAGAGGAAACAAAGCUCACGGGUAGAAGCCCAACCAGUGACAGAUUUUGGCCCGGAUGAAACACUUACUGAUAAUGCAGAUAUCCUAUGGAUCAAUAAACCAUGGGUGCACUCUCUGCUUCGUGCCUGUGCAAUAAUCAGUGUCAUUUCUGUGUGCAUGAAUACACCUAAGACAUUUGAGCACUAUCCGCCCCUUCAAUAUGUGACCUUCGCUCUGGACACUCUACUAAUGUUCCUCUACACUGCUGAGAUGAUUGCAAAAAUGCACAUUCGUGGUAUAGUUAAGGGUGAUAAUUCAUAUGUAAAGGAUCGAUGGUGUGUUUUUGAUGGAUUCAUGGUGUUUUGCUUGUGGGUCUCACUAGUCUUACAGGUAUUUGAAAUAGCUGAAAUAGUAGAUCAAAUGUCACCAUGGGGAAUGCUGCGAAUCCCAAGGGCACUUAUAAUGAUUCGUGCUUUUCGGAUUUACUUUCGAUUUGAACUUCCUCGAACAAGAAUAACAAACAUUUUAAAGCGUUCUGGGGAGCAAAUUUGGAGUGUCUCCAUAUUCCUCCUUUUUUUUCUACUGCUAUAUGGAAUUUUAGGAGUUCAAAUGUUUGGAACAUUUACUUACCACUGUGUGACAAAUGACACACAACCUGGGAAUGUUUCUUGGAAUAAUCUAGCAAUUCCUGACACACAUUGCUCACCUGAUGGGGAAGGAUACCAGUGUCCCAUGGGAUUUAAGUGCAUGGACCUCGAAGAUCUUGGCCUUAGUAGACAAGAGCUUGGAUACAGUGGCUUCAAUGAAAUAGGUACAAGUAUAUUUACAGUUUAUGAAGCAGCUUCUCAAGAAGGCUGGGUCUUCUUAAUGUACAGAGCAAUUGACAGCUUUCCCCGCUGGCGUUCCUAUUUCUACUUCAUCACGCUAAUCUUCUUUCUGGCCUGGCUUGUGAAGAAUGUCUUUAUUGCAGUUAUAAUUGAGACAUUUGCAGAAAUCAGAGUGCAGUUUCAACAGAUGUGGGGGUCACGAAGCAGUACAACUUCAACUGCCACAACACAGAUGUUUCAUGAGGAUGCUGCAGGAGGAUGGCAAUUAGUUGCUGUUGAUGUCAACAAACCCCAUGGCAGAGCUCCAGCAUGCUUACAGCAACUGAUGCGAUCUUCAGUCUUCCACAUGUUUAUUCUUAGCAUGGUUGCUGUUGAUGUGAUUGUUGCUGCUAGCAAUUAUUACAAAGGGGAGAACUAUCGUCGCCAGUAUGAUGAGUUCUACCUGGCUGAGGUUGCAUUCACUGUUCUCUUCGAUCUAGAGGCCCUUCUAAAAAUCUGGUGUUUAGGAUUUACUGGUUAUAUAAGUUCUUCCCUUCAUAAGUUUGAAUCCCUUCUUGUUGUUGGAACAACACUGCACAUCUAUCCAGACCUGUAUCAUUCUCAGUUCACUUAUUUUCAGGUUCUCAGAGUCGUUCGUUUAAUUAAAAUUUCCCCGGCUCUGGAAGAUUUUGUGUACAAGAUAUUUGGACCAGGAAAAAAGCUUGGAAGCUUAGUGGUUUUCACAGCUAGUCUCCUGAUUGUGAUGUCUGCCAUCAGCUUACAAAUGUUCUGCUUUGUUGAAGAACUAGACCGAUUCACUACCUUUCCAAGGGCCUUUAUGUCUAUGUUCCAAAUACUAACACAGGAAGGAUGGGUGGAUGUAAUGGAUCAAACUCUUGUUGCAGUUGGCCAUAUGUGGGCUCCAGUAGUAGCCAUUUACUUCAUAUUAUAUCAUCUAUUUGCAACCCUGAUCUUGCUGAGCUUAUUUGUUGCUGUAAUUCUAGACAAUCUUGAGCUUGAUGAAGACUUAAAAAAGCUUAAACAGCUAAAACAAAGUGAAGCCAAUGCUGAUACAAAAGAAAAACUUCCUUUGCGGCUUCGUAUAUUUGAGAAAUUUCCCAACCGGCCACAGAUGGUGAAAAUCUCCAAGCUCCCUUCCGAUUUUACAGUUCCUCGAAUCAGGGAAAGCUUCAUGAAGCAGUUCAUUGACCGCCAACAGCAAGACACCAGUUGUUUGUUGCGUAGACUUCCCUCUGCGUCCUCUUCUUCCUGUGAUCAUUCAAAAAGGUCUGGAAUUGAAGAUAACAAGUAUAUAGAUCAAAAGCUGCAGAAGUCUGUUUCCAGCAUUCGUGCCCGAAAUCUUCUUGAGAAAGAAAGUGCCAUUAAUAAAAUUCUCCGAGCUUGCACUCGACAGCGAAUGCUGAGUGGAUCAUUUGAGGGCCAGCCAGCCAAAGAGCGCUCAAUUCUCAGUGUACAACAUCACAUCCGCCAGGAACGCAGGUCUCUGAGACAUGGGUCCAAUAGCCAGCGAAUCAGUCGAGGGAAAUCUCUAGAAACACUGACCCAGGAUCACUCCAGCACUGUUAGGUAUCGAAAUGCUCAACGUGAGGAUAGCGAGAUCAAAAUGAUCCAGGAAAAGAAAGAACAAGCUGAGAUGAAAAGAAAAGUACAGGAGGAAGAGCUGCGGGAAAAUCACCCAUAUUUUGAUAAACCAUUAUUUAUAGUGGGUCGAGAACACAGGUUCAGAAACUUCUGCAGACUGAUAGUGCGAGCUCGUUUUAAUGCCUCAAAGACAGACCCAAUUACAGGAGCAGUCAAAAAUACAAAAUACCACCAGCUUUAUGAUCUGUUUGGAUUGGUCACCUAUCUGGAUUGGGUUAUGAUAGUUGUAACAAUAUGCUCCUGUAUUUCUAUGAUGUUUGAGUCUCCAUUUACAAGAGUUAUGCAUGUUCCUACUUUACAGAUUGCUGAAUAUGUUUUUGUCAUUUUCAUGAGCUUUGAGCUCAAUUUAAAAAUAAUGGCAGAUGGAUUAUUUUUUACCCCUACUGCUGUGAUCAGAGACUUUGGAGGAGUUAUGGACAUCUUCAUCUAUCUUGUAAGCUUAAUAUUUCUUUGCUGGAUGCCAUCCAAUGUACCUCCCAAAUCAGGAGCCCAACUGCUAAUGAUGCUUCGCUGCCUUAGACCACUCCGCAUCUUUAAACUGGUUCCACAGAUGCGAAAGGUUGUGAGAGAACUCUUCAGUGGAUUUAAAGAAAUAUUUUUGGUCUCAAUUCUUUUGUUAACACUAAUGCUUGUGUUUGCAAGCUUUGGUGUCCAACUUUUUGCAGGGAAACUAGCCAAGUGCAAUGACCCCCGUAUCACUAAAAGGGAAGACUGCCAUGGUAUUUUUCGAAUUAAUGUAAGUGUGUCAAAAAAUCUGAAUCUGAAAUUAAAAACUGAAGAAAAGAAGCCAGGAUUUUGGGUUCCACGGGUUUGGGUAAAUCCCAGAAAUUUCAAUUUUGAUAAUGUUGGAAAUGCUAUGUUGGCUCUUUUUGAAGUUCUUUCAUUGAAAGGCUGGGUGGAGGUCAGAGAUGUCAUUAUCCAUCGAGUAGGACCAAUCCAUGGUAUAUAUAUACAUGUGUUUGUUUUCCUUGGCUGCAUGAUUGGACUGACCCUUUUUGUCGGUGUUGUAAUUGCUAAUUUCAAUGAAAACAAGGGAACAGCUCUGUUGACUGUUGAUCAGAGGAGAUGGGAAGACCUGAAGAGCAGACUGAAAAUUGCACAACCUCUUCACCUCCCUCCUCGUCCCGAUAAUGAUGGGUUCCGAGCAAAAAUGUAUGACAUUACUCAGCAUCCCUUUUUCAAACGUACAAUUGCUGUCCUUGUCCUGGCUCAAUCUGUAUUACUUUCAGUCAAGUGGGAUGUGGAUGAUCCUGUAACUGUCCCAUUGGCAACAAUGUCAGUUGUAUUUACCUUCAUUUUUGUCUUAGAGGUUACUAUGAAAUUAAUUGCAAUGUCACCUGCUGGGUUUUGGCAGAGCAGAAGAAAUCGUUAUGAUUUAUUAGUGACUUCCCUUGGAGUCAUUUGGGUAAUCCUGCAUUUUGCUUUAUUGAAUGAAUAUACUUACAUGAUGGGAGCCUGCAUUAUAGUUUUUAGAUUCUUUUCUAUCUGUGGGAAGCACGUGACACUUAAAAUGCUGCUGCUCACUGUGGUCGUCAGUAUGUACAAAAGUUUCUUCAUCAUCGUGGGGAUGUUUCUUUUGCUCCUCUGCUAUGCCUUUGCUGGUGUAGUGUUGUUUGGCACUGUGAAGUAUGGAGAAAAUAUUAACAGACAUGCAAACUUCUCAACUGCUGGGAAAGCCAUAACAGUUCUAUUCAGGAUUGUUACUGGGGAAGACUGGAACAAGAUCAUGCAUGAUUGUAUGGUUCAGCCCCCUUUCUGUACCCCUGACAACCACCGAUACUGGGAGACAGACUGUGGAAAUUAUGCUGGAGCACUCAUGUACUUUUGCUCCUUUUAUGUUAUAAUUGCUUACAUAAUGCUCAACUUACUUGUAGCAAUCAUUGUGGAGAACUUCUCGUUGUUUUACUCUACUGAAGAAGACCAGCUGCUUAGUUACAACGAUCUGAGGCAUUUUCAGAUUAUUUGGAAUAUGGUGGAUGACAAAAGAGAGGGUGUUAUACCAACAUCCCGAGUGAAAUUUCUUCUCAGGCUGCUACGAGGCAGACUGGAAGUUGAUCUAGAUAAGGAUAAGCUCUUAUUUAAGCAUAUGUGCUAUGAAAUGGAAAGACUACAUAAUGGAGGGGAUGUUACAUUCCAUGAUGUCCUAAGCAUGCUGUCGUACAGAUCAGUGGACAUCAGGAAAAGCCUUCAGCUGGAAGAGCUGCUUGCCAGGGAACAGCUGGAAUACACGAUUGAAGAAGAGGUGGCCAAACAGACGAUACGCAUGUGGCUGAAAAAGUGCUUAAAACGCAUCCGGGCAAAACAGCAGCAGUCAUGCAGCAUUAUUCACAGUCUUCGGGAAAGCCAGCAGCAGGAACUGAGUCGUUUCCUUAACCCCCCUAGCAUUGAAACAACAAAGCCCAGCGAAGAUGUCCAUGCAAACAAUCAAGACAACCCCUCUCAGCCAGAGACAAGCAGCCAGCAGCAGUUGCUCAGUCCAACACUUUCAGAGAGAGGUGGACAUCGCCAGGACUCUACUGAAAUGGGUAAACCGCAGAGGAAGUUUGGACAAUGGCGUCUUCCGGCUGGUCGCAGCAGCAUGAGGUCCAUUGUGUGCAAGAUGAACCCGGUAUCUGAUGAAGCCUCAUCGGGUUCAGAGGUGAAGAAAUGGUGGACACGCCAACUGACAGUGGAGAGUGAUGAAAGUGGAGAUGAUCUCCUGGACAUUUAAAUACAGACAUUAAUCAAAGAUGUACAAUAUGAUGCGAUUCAGGAAUUAAAGUUAUGUAAUGCAAUAUAAGAUGACAAAGUUAUUAUUUUGAAUCUAUUUUAAAAUGUUUAUAAUAUGCCUUUUUUAAAGUGGCUCUAGUCAUUAGUAGCAGUUGCUUACCAUGUCAGAUUAUGUUAUUUUUUUCAUGUAAUAUUUCACCAAUACCCUGCAUCGUCUAUGGUAUCUUAGUGUGUGUGUGUGUGUGUGUAUGUUUUCUGUGAGAUUAUAUGUGUCACGCCCAGGGUCAGACAAAUCAAGUGCCAUCAACCGAGUUUGACCUGGAACUGAUACUGACCUACCUCUUAUAAUCAGAGCUUUCGUGAAAUGGCUUCAGUAUUACUUUUUAAAGUUUUCAUAUUGCCCAAAAGUCUUGAGUCUUACAUUUAUGUCUACUUUGUGUAAAUUCAUACAUACUAUGAUCUAUAGUCACAUUUUAAUGUUAGCAGUUUUUUCAUUUGUUUGACGACAGUAAAAGAUCAAGUGUUUAUAUUAUGUCUAACACACUGAGGCUGCUCCAAAAUAAUCAAUUCUGUUAAAUUAUAAAGUGUAUUGUUUAAUAUGAGUAUCCUUUUUAGAAUAAUGUAAAGGUGUUAAGCCUUGAAUUUUCUUCAUCCCAAAUAAGCCAUUAAACUAAUACCAUCAAUAAAAGAUAACAUUCUUGAUUUCAUCACACAAUCAGUGUUGUAUCUAGCCAAACCUUGUUCUGUCACUUAAAUGAGGUCCAUUCGGGUUUAUUCAUUGAAGUUCAAUAUAUUAAAACACUUGUUUGUCAAGCUGUUUCAAAUAGCUUAGUGUUAAAGUCAGAGACUGCUGAGGCAGUCUUCGUUUCUAUCCUAUUAGACUUGCAGAGACAGGCGAGUGCACUGCGUUCAUGGGCCUUAAUCUCCUUAUUGCAUUUAAGCAGAAUGCACAUGCCUGUCCAAUUCAUUUUCUUGUUAAUCAUGCCUGUUGUUUUAUUUAUCAGUUUUAUCUUGGGUCUCAACUUCAAAACCCUACUUAGUAGCACUCACUCUGCAAGAAUUUCAUAAUAAUCUUUUACAUCAUUUUUAUGGAUCAUUCAUGAUUUGCUGAAAAAGUGCUGCUGUAAGUAGACCAACUUUAGUACCAGAGCCAGAAAAACUAAAAAAAUCAUAUGCCUAUUGAAUCUCUCAACACCGGCACAGCUCAUAGACUACAGUAUGUAAACAUGCCUGACUAAUAAAACUGCUUCUAAAUGCAGAGCUGGAAAUAGGCUGCCUAUUGUAUUAUGAUAUGGUGGGAGAAAUUCAAGAACAUCCUGAUGAAGACACUCGUGCAUCCUUAACUCUCAUAGCAGUCACUUGACCUUUUUGCAGUGUCACUGUAUAAGUAUAAAAUGAAUCUAACUGACCUAUGAUACUCCAAUCUUCAGUGGGUUUCGUGUUCCCCAAGAAUGACGCUACAUUUUUCAUAAAUACUGUGCCAUUUAUAAUAAAUACUUCGUAAUGCAGGGAGGAUAUUCCCUUAUAUAUGUUGGGGUAUCUUUGAGUGUUUAUUUCCUCUUAGUGUUUAUGCCUUACAUAAUAAUGUUAAACUGAAAUGUUAUGAGGGCGGCAUGGUGGCACAGUGGGUAGCACUGCUGCCUUGCAGUUAGGAUACCUGGGUUCGCU